AAAAGUCGCCUUCUAUAUAACUUGGCGGGAGUAUGUGCGAAACUUGAAAUGUCAACAUGCUCGCGGAUAAAGUAUUGGAAUUAAUUCGUGAAUUGAAACGAGCAGUCGACGGUACUUUACCUCCGUACAACGAGGAUGGAGUGCGUCAGGUGUUGGAGGAGAUGAAAGCCUUGUUUGAACACAAUCAGAGAGAUGUGAGUGCCACAGUUGCUGGAGAAAGUGGACUAUUUUCAGGCGUUCAACUGCGACAUUCAGCACUUGAAAGGAACAAACGAUGUUUGUUAGCAUAUCUAUACAAUCGCCUGGUACAGAUUCGCAAGAUGAGAUGGGAAUUCGGCAGUGUUCUUCCAACUGAUAUCAAAUACAACCUGUGUGAACAAGAGAUACAAUGGUUCAGUCGGUAUAACAAGAUGUUGGCCAGCUACAUGCGAUCCAUUGGUGAUGCGGGUGGCCUUGACCUUACACAGGAUCUGAAACCUCCCAAAACAUUGUAUGUUGAAGUGAGGUGUCAGGUCGAUCAUGGCGAGUUUGAAACUCAGGAUGGGAUUGUCAUUGUCCUCAAGAAGAAUAGUCAGCACUUCCUGCUCCGGUCAGAGUGCGAGCACCUCAUCAGACAAGGCAUACUGGAGCAUAUAGUGCACUGAUGAACACACCAUUAUCAAGAUCUGUACAAACUGUAAAUUAUGUCUUAUGUUACAUUAAAUUAUAAAGUUGAUACCAAAAA